AUGGACAUCCAGAAUGAGACAGUGGUUACAGAAUUUAUCUUGUUGGGCUUAUCUAGCUCUCGAGAACUCCAACUCUUCCUUUUCUUUAUGUUCUCUGUGUUUUAUGGAGCUGCUGUUUUGGGAAACACCCUUAUCAUCCUCACAGUAAUUGUAGACUCUCAUUUGCAUUCCCCAAUGUACUUUCUCCUUAGCAAUCUCUCCUUCAUUGAUGUUUGUCAGGCUACGUUUGCUACUCCCAAGAUGAUCGCAGACUUCCUCAAUGAACACAAGACCAUCACUUUCCAGGGGUGCAUGUCACAGAUAUUUUUCUUACAUGUCUUUGGGGGUAGUGAGAUGGUGCUUCUUGUUGCCAUGGCCUAUGAUCGAUACAUUGCUAUAUGCAAACCUCUACAUUACAUGACCAUCAUGAACCAAAGAGUGUGCACUGUUCUGGUGGUCAUGUCCUGGACCAUUGGUAUCCUCCACUCAGCUAGCCACUUGGCAUUCACAGUUGAUCUGCCCUUCUGUGGACCCAACAAGGUAGACAAUUUCUUUUGUGACCUUCCCCUUGUCAUAAAGCUUGCCUGCUUAGAUACCUAUGUUUUGGAGAUCCUGGUGCUCACCAAUAGUGGCUUACUCUCACUUAUAUGUUUCCUUCUUUUGCUUGUUUCUUACACUAUCAUUCUUGCCACUGUCCAUCGCCAAGCUUCUGGUGGGACAUCCAAAGCUCUCUCAACUCUCUCUGCUCACAUCACGGUUGUGGUUCUGUUCUUUGGCCCAUUAAUUUUCAUCUAUAUUUGGCCCUUUGAGAGCUUCCCAAUCGAUAAGUUUAUAUCUGUGUUUUUCACUGUCUUUACACCUUUCCUUAAUCCUGUAAUUUACACGCUGAGGAACAAAGACGUGAAGGAAGCCAUGAAGAAGCUAAGACAGAGACAUGUGGGUUCCACGCAGGUCUUGUAG